AUGGCGAGUGAUACUUCGUCUUCGUCUUCGUCUUCGGCGGUUGUGGCAGUGUCCCCAGUGAUGGAGGAGGAGCUGACUCUGACGGUAAAAUGGAGCGGGAAGGAGUACACUGUUAGAGUCUGCGGGGACGACACGGUGGGAGAGCUGAAGCGGCGUAUUUGUGAGGCGACAAAUGUGUUGCCCAAACGCCAGAAGCUUCUCUACCCUAAAGUCGGUACCAAACUCGCGGAUGAUACUCUCCUUCUCUCGCAAAUCCCACUCAAAGCCUCCCUCAAAAUGACCAUGGUUGGUACUGUUGAAGAUGAACUAAUUGUGGAUCCAGUGGACUCUCCAGAGAUUAUUGAUGAUUUUGAAAUUGGACAAGUUGAAGCAGUUGACAUUAAGGAUAAUGAAGUAAAUAAACAGAAAUUGAGGCGGCGUAUUGGGCAGUAUAAGAUUGAACUUCUCAACCCGUGCCGAGAAGGUAAAAAGCUGCUUGUUCUGGACAUUGAUUAUACCUUGUUUGAUCACCGGUCGACGGCAGAGAACCCACUAGAACUUAUGCGGCCUUAUCUUCAUGAAUUUCUAUCGGCCGUUUACGCAGAGUAUGACAUCAUGAUAUGGUCUGCGACCAGUAUGAAGUGGGUUGAGUUAAAGAUGGGGCAACUUGGAGUGCUCAAUAAUCCAAACUACAAAAUUACAGCUCUGCUUGAUCAUAUGGCAAUGAUCACUGUUCGAUCAGAUACUCGUGGGGUCUUUGAUUGCAAACCGCUCGGGUUGAUUUGGGCUCAUUUUCCCGAGUUUUACAGUGCCAAAAACAGUAUAAUGUUUGAUGAUUUACGAAGGAAUUUUGUGAUGAACCCACAAAAUGGCUUGGUUAUAAAACCAUUCAGAAAAGCCCAUGCAAAUCGAGACAGCGAUCAGGAACUUGUAAAGCUAACUCAAUAUUUACUUGCCAUAGCGGAGCUUGAUGAUCUAAGUGCCCUUGAUCACAAGAAAUGGGAGUCAUUUAAUGAGGACAGUUUCAAGAGACGCAGGCACGGUUGA